GGGGGGGUGCCGGGGGGGACGCAGCCGCGGGGUCCCGCCGCGGGGCCGCUCGCCGUGGACCUGCGGAGCGACACGGUGACCCGGCCGUGCGCGGGGAUGCGCCGCGCCAUGGCCCGCGCCGCCGUGGGCGACGACGACUACGGGGAGGACCCGGCAGUGAACGAGCUGCAGCGCUUGGCCGCGGGGACUCUGGGAACGGAAUCGGCUCUGUUCGUGCCCACGGCCACCAUGGCAAAUCUCAUCGCCGUGAUGAGCCACUGCCAGCGCAGGGGGGCUCAGCUGUUCCUGGGCCAGGACAGCCACCUGCACCUCUACGAGCACGGCGGGGCCGCGCAGGUUGCCGGUGUGCACACCCAGGCACUGCCAGAUCUGCCGAAUGGCACAUUUGACCUGGACCAGCUGGAGCUGACCAUCCGUGAGGCCCACGGCAGCCGGUACCACCCGCGCCCUGAGCUCAUCUGCCUGGAGAACACACACAGCUCGGCAGGGGGCCGGGCACUGCCCCUCACCUAUCUCAGGCAGGUCCGUGGGCUCGCUGACCGUUACGGGCUGCGGGUGCACAUGGACGGCGCACGACUGCUGAAUGCAGCAGUGGCCCAGGGUGUGCAGCCAGCUCAGAUUGCCCAGCACUGUGACUCUGUGUCCCUCUGCUUCUCCAAGGGCCUGGGUGCCCCGGCUGGUGCGGUGCUGGCAGGGUGCAGGGAGUUUGUCUCCGAGGCCUGGCGUGUGCGGAAGCUGCUGGGCGGGGGCAUGCGGCAGGCGGGAGUGCUGGCGGCUGCUGCCCGCCUCGGGCUGCAGCGCGCGGAGGCGACACUUCGCAGAGACCACACCAACGCCCGGCGCUUUGCAGAAGGUAUCCAUGUGCUGGACUCUCCCCUCUUAUCCAUCAACCUGGCAGCGGUGGAGACCAACAUUGUGAUGGUAAAUGUCCAGGGGACCUGGCCAUCCCCCGCUGAGCUCUGCGGCCGCCUGCGUGCCGUCAGCGAGGAGGAGGUGGCUGAGACUGGGCAGGCUGUCAGCGUCUUGCUGCUCCCCUGGUCAGCACGGACUGUGCGUGCUGUCUGGCACCGCGACAUCUCGGACCGUGACACCGAGCUCGCAAGGAGAAAGCUGGAAUUUGUGGCCAGGAAGUGCCAGGAGGAACUGGCCUUGGGACUGCAUCCGAUGUCUCCAGGCACUGGGGGAGCCUGAACAUUCUGCCAGCCCCGCAGCUGCAGCAGUUGGGCAGCUCAAAGCAAGGACUGGGACCAGCCCCUUUGUGCUCCAGAUGUGUUCCCAGCUGUCACAUC